CUUGCUAACUAUGGAUUGACUUUAGUUCUAGGACUUUCUGAUUCUAAGCCAGAUGUGAUCUCCUUAUUGGAGCAGGGGAAGGAGCCCUGGACACUUCAGAGGAAGGAGGUGAUAGAAUGGUACCUAGAUUGGGAGUUCAGAAGAGAAACCAAUAAUUUAUUUCCAAAGGAGGACAGUUACAAAACUAAAUCACUGCAACCAGAGACAACAAAAGUUACAAAAGAAAUCAAAUGCCAGUUGGCAAGACAACAGGAGGGACAUUUCAGACAAGCUGUAAUAACCUCUGGAGAAAGGUCCACUUCCCCUCAGUGCACGGUUCAUAGAGUACCUCAGAUAGUUCAUUCUGGAUUAAAAUCUGCUGGAUGCAAGGAAUGUAGGGAAGCUUUCAAAUACCAGUCACACCAUACUGAAUAUGAAAAAAGUCAUAAGGAAAAAGACUCUAAAUGUGGAGAAUGUGUAAAAGCCUUUAACAAUAGGUCAAACCUGAUUAAGCAUCAGAAUGAAAAUAAGAAAUGUGCCGUAAAUUGUGGCUCUGAAAUUACUAAAUCUCAGGCUGUUAAUACAAGUGAGAAACCUCAUAAAUGUGAGGAAUGUGGGAAAGCCUUUCAUUCUAGCUCACAACUUAGUAAGCAUCAAAGGAUUCAUACAGGUGGGAAACCCUAUAAAUGUAAGGAGUGUGAGAAGGCCUUUCCAUCUACUUCACAACUUAAUUUACACCAGAGAAUUCAUACUGAUGAGAAAUACUAUGAAUAUGAAGAAUGUGAGAAAGCCUUUACCCGUCCCUCACACCUUCGACAUCAGAGAAUCCAUACUGGGGAGAAACCCCAUAAAUGUAAGGAAUGUGGGAAAGCUUGUUAUGACACACAACUUAGUCUGCAUCAGAUAAUUCAUACUGGUGAAAGACACUAUGAAGGUAGGGAAUGUGGGAAGGUAUAUAGUUGUGCCUCACAACUGAGUCUACAUCAGAGAAUUCAUACUGCUGAGAAACUUCAUAAAUGUAAGGAAUGUGGGAAAGCUUUUAUCUCUGAUUCACAUCUUAUUCGACAUCAGAGUGUUCAUACUGGUGAAAAACCCUAUAAAUGUAAAGAAUGUGGGAAGUCCUUUCAUCGUGGCUCAGAACUUACUCAACAUCAGAGAGCUCACAUUGGUGAGAAACCCUAUAAAUGUAGGGACUGUGGAAUGGCUUUUAUUUGUAAUACAGAACUUAUUCGACAUCAAAAAUUUCACACUGGUGAGAGACCCCAUAAAUGCAAGGAAUGUGGGAAGGCUUUUAUUCGAAGGUCAGAACACCACGAGAGAAGUCAUAGAGGUGAAAAACCUUAUGAGUGUAAUGAAUGUGGGAAGGCCUUUGGUGGUGGCUCAGAACUUAGUCGACCCCAGAAAAUCCAUACUGGUAACCGGGUGCAGGGAGCAACCUCUGGGUUAAUCCUUGAGCUGACGUGUGCAGGGUGGCCCUCAGGAUGGCCCAGGGAACUGGUAGUGGUUGCAGGCGAGCAGCACGUGUUCAGCAUUAGAACAGAGACUCUACAUGCCUUCCGGACUCUGAGCCGGUUUCCUCUGCCUGUGACUGUCAACCGGGUGCAGGGGGAAGCCUCUGGGUUAAUCCCCUGA